UACCUCCUCGCGGUGCCGGAUGGGCAACACUGUCGUGGACAGUGCUGUGGGGGGAGAGCCAAUGCCCAUUGGCCUCUCCCCUCAUGGCGUCUGUGACCACCACAGUGGCUAAACGGGGGCUCUGGACGGGUGCGAGGGGCUGGUAACCCCUCCACCUUCAAUUUAUUACCACGAAACUACGAAUUAAACAUAAAUAUGUAACUAAUAAGCUUGUGCUGGAGGCCCCGGGGAGACAGGCGUCUAUAACAUCUCCUGGCCAAACCCCAAUUGGCGGAGCCAGGAGAUUAAAUCUUCACCCUCGGGGCUCCUCCAAAAACAACGAAAGCCACUAUGGAUGGCCACGUGGAAUGUUCGAACGCUCACUGCGGAGGAGAGGCUGCCACUCCUUUGUCAGGAGCUGGAUCGGUACUGCACACACACACACAGACAUACAGACACACAGAUGAGACACAACAUACAUCCGUCCUCGGGCCGUGACGUCAUAUCCGCUUCCGCCCAGUGUGCCGCUGGAGCCACGCUGCGAGCUGCGUGCUGAGGAGCGCCUCUCUGCACGAAGCCUCCUGGAGCCUCUCCCGGAGCAGUCACCAUGGAGGCUCAUGGGCUGCGCAGUACCUCACGCACCCUCGUGGCGCUGCUCGUGACGAGCUACGCGUUCCUCACGUCUGGGCCCACGGAGGAGAAGAAUUUCUCCCCGAACUGGCUGGUUAACCUGGGGGGAGCCUGGGAGGUCCAACCGCCACAGGCCGGGCAGCCUCUACCUCUCGCCAAAGCGACCGUGGCUGUCCACAUCAGCGACCGGCUCGCAGAUCACGAAGCCAAGAGGGAGCCUCGAGUCACUUCCUCUCCCAUCCAUGGCGUGGAGGUUCCCCAAGGAGGAGGAGGAGAAGACGACGACCCAGCUCCCUUAGGGUGGAAGACCUUCAUGGAGAUGCUGCACAGCAGGCCGGUGGCCAUCGCCUACGAGGUGGCGAGUGCAGGGAUCGCCCUCCUCAGCCUCGGAGUGUGGCUGAAGAAUGCAGUGUGGCGUCCGCGACCUCCUGCCAUGCCAGCAAUGGCCGUCCACACCACCAACCUCCCGAAACAAAAGGCUCGGUCGAACUUGGCCGAGAUGGUACCUCAAGCAGCUUCUUCUUUAGGCUGUUGGAUGAUGGUUCCGCAAGAUGGAGAAUACCCGUCUCCCUCAAGGUGGACGACCUUGAUGAAGAUGCUGCACAGUGGGCCGGUGGCCAUCACUUACCACGUGGAGAGCACGGGGAUCACCAUUACCAGCCUAAGAGUCUGGCGGAAGAAUCAACUGAAGUCAUCGCAACGUGGACGAGUUUACCGAAGCCGCCACAUGAGAGGAUCCAUGUGGAAAUUGGCUCGGGGCAAGCGCCACCCCAUGAAAAUCAAGAGGACCCACAGAUCCCUCAAGACUCAGCUGGAUG